ACAGUGUGGCCUCCUGUGGAGAGUGGAGAGGAAAACCAGUAAUAGUGGUAAAAACUCCUGACAUGUUCAGUCUGACUGAGGAGAAAAUCCAGAGAGAAAUGAAGAAAAGUGUGAGACUCUGUUAUCCUGGACCAAAUAUUCUGCUGCUGCUGGUGAAACCUUCAGACUUCAGUGAAAAGAACAAGAAAACUCUGAAGUUCAUCCUGAGUUUAUUUAGUCAAAAUGUCUUCAGACAUUCAAUGAUCAUCUUCACAAACGACAGUGAAAGAAGUUCCUCUGUCAGUGAUCUGAUCAGCCUGGUUCAGGGAAGAUGCUACAACAUGAAUACUAAUGAUUGUAGUUUGUUAAUGACUCAGAUUGAGACGAUCAUAGAUCAGAACAGAGGAACAUAUCUGACCUUCAGAGACGAGAUCAGCAGAUCCCAACAUGAACACCUGAAACCUCUGAACCUGGUUCUGUUUGGUCCAAGUGACCCACUGAAGACGUCAGCAGCCAAAGCCAUUCUAGGUCAUAAGGAUCUUCCUUCAGAGUGUGUCAGAAACCAGGGAGAGGCGUUUGGACGUCGGGUUUCUCUGGUGGAGCUGCCUGCGUUGGGUGGAAAAGCUCAGCAGGAAGUGAUGGAGGAAUCCUUCAGGUGUGUCUCCCUCUGUGACCCUGAGGGUGUCCACGCCUUCAUCCUGGUCCUACCUGUGGGUCCCCUCACUGAUGAAGACAAGGGAGAGUUACACACCAUGCAGGACACAUUCAGCUCCAGAGUCAAUGACUUCACCAUCAUCCUCUUCACUACAGACUCAGAUCCUGAACAUCCAGAUGUUGGUAACUUUAUAGAGAACAAGGACAUCCAGGAUCUCCUCCAGAUCUGUGGAGGAAGAUAUUUAGUUCUGGACAUCAGAGACAGACGGCAGAUUGAAGGACUGAUACAGAUGGUGAAAAGAAUCAAUGCAGAUGAAAACAAGCCAAACAGCUAUGGAUCUGUGACAUUUGCACAAGCCCAAGUAGACAGACUCCUGCAAAAAGAGAAAGACAUCACUAUGCAAAAGCAAAUAAUAAAGGAACUGCAGCAGAAAAAGGAUAUCUAUGAUGAAGAGAAGAAAGCAUCGGAGAGUUUAAGAAUUGUUCUCAUUGGGAAAACUGGGAGUGGAAAAAGCUCAUCAGCAAACACCAUUCUGAGAAAAGAUACAUUUGAAUCUUUUCCAAGUCAAAUAUCCAUCACCAAAUGUUGCCAGAAGGCUGACACUGAGGUGGACGGUCGGCGUAUUUCUGUUGUUGACACUCCUGGUCUGUUUGACUCAACUUUAACCCACGAACAAGUGAAUGAUGAGAUGGUGAAAUGCAUCAGUCUCCUGGCUCCAGGCCCUCAUGUUUUCCUGCUGGUGAUACAGAUCGGAAGAUUCACAGCAGAGGAGAAGGAGACGGUAAAUUUGAUCAAGAAAGGUUUCGGGAAGAAUUCUGAGAAUUUUACCAUCAUCCUUCUAACCAGAGGAGACGAACUGGGCAAGAUGUCGAUUGAAGAGUACAUAAAGAAAUGUUGUGAUGAUUCUUUUAAAAAGCUGCUUGCUGACUGUGGAGGAAGAUAUCAUGUGUUUCAUAACAACGAUCAGGACAAUAACAGACAAGUUAUUGAGCUGAUCAGAAAAAUCGACACAAUGGUGAAGAAAAACGAAGGCAGCUGCUUCACCAGUGAGAUGCUGCAACAGGCAGAAGCUGCAAUACAAAAAGAAAUGAAAAGACUUCUGAAGGAGAAAGAAGAAGAGAUGGAAAGAAUGAAAGAGCAGCUUGAAAAAAAACAUAACGAGGAAAUGCGAAAUCUUAAAGAAAGACUGGAGAAAGAGAAAAUGUUGAUCGAAAAGGAGAGAGAAAAAAGGGAAAAUGAAAUUCAAGAAAUUAAGGUUAAGAUAAAAGACGAGCAAGAACAAAAAGAGAGAGAAAAACAAAUUAGAGAAGAAGAAGACAAGAAAAAGAGAGAAUCAGAAGAAAUUCAACAAAAUGAGUGGAAAAGAAAAAUUGAAGAUUUAGAGACAAAAAUAAAACUUCAGACAGAAUCAAAGGAAACAACUGACCGAAAACUGGAGGAGAGCAGAGAGGAUUUAAGGAAGCAACAAGAGAUUUGGGAGAAAGAAAGGAAAGAGUGGUGGGAGACAAGAUUAAAAGAGGAUAAAGAAAGACAAGAAAGACUUAAAACACUCCAGGAAGAGUAUGAGCGUAAAAGAGAGGAAUCUGAGCUUAAACAUAAAGAAGAAGAUCGAAUCCGGAAAGAACAAGAAGAGAAAGAACGAAAAGAUUUAGAGGAAAAAUAUAAGAAUCAAAUUAAGUCCAUGGAGAUGAGUUUUGAGGAGAAGGCCAGAAAACAAGCAGAGGAACAUAAUGAGUUCCAAGAAAAGAUGAAUAAGAACUAUGCAAAACUGAUAGAUGAUCACAUGGAAGAAGUGAUGAAUCUGAAGAAGCAGCAUAAGGAACAAAUGCAGCAGAAACAGAAGGACAAUGAAGACAUUUUGAAGCAUCAAAUAGAUGAUCUGCAGGACAAACAAAGGGAAGAGUGUCUCAGUUUUCCUGGGAUGGACCAGCGACUUGUCCAGUUUCAGCUCCACCUCUCACUGAUGGCUGCAGGCGAUAGGUUGUAG